AUGACGCUCUACUACAGUCUGGUCUUCUUGCUUCUGGUGACGGAGAUGCUCAUCUUCUGCGCCCUUAUUGUCCCACUGCCGUUCACAUGGCGCCGCAAGCUCUUCACCUUCAUCUCGGAGAGCCCAAUAAUAGCCAAGCUACAAUAUGGCAUGAAGAUUACAUUCAUCUUCAUCCUGAUCCUGUUUGUUGACAGUGUCAACCGUGUCUACCGCGUUCAAAUAGAGCUUUCUGGCUCGGAUGAGCCAGGCGCCCGCGGAAGUAACGCAGCCCUUGGUGGCAUCGAACGCAUGGAGGUCCAGGCCCGCAAAUUCUACUCGCAGCGCAACAUGUACCUUUGUGGAUUCACGCUCUUCCUCUCCCUUAUCCUGAACCGCACCUAUGUCAUGAUCCUUGACACUCUCCGUCUGGAGGAAGAGCUCAAGGCUUACAAGGGCGACACCAACGCAAAGAAGGGUACUUCACUCAAGGAUGUCGGCGGCGCUGGCGAGGUUGGCAAACUCAAGAACGAGCUCGCAGCCAAGGACCGUGACAUGGAGAUCCUGAAGAAGCAGGUCGAUAACUUGCAGAAGGAGUACAACCGUAUGGGUGACGAGGUGUCUGGCUCAGCCGCUGUUCCCCGCAAGGGUCAGUAG